AUGGGCGGCUUCAUCAUCCGCCUAGCUCCUCGAACUAGCUCCCGACCCGAAGAUAAGCAAACCGUCGCCGAGCGCAAAUGCUUGGAGGUGGCAGUGAGUAUGCCAAUGAGUCCGAGCUCUAGCCCUGCCCUGAAUGCAAACAUACAAAAUGCUCCAACUGUUACUAGAACGGAACAGACCAAACACUUUGCAGAGAGGGGAUUUUCAUUGGUUGGGAAAGAGCUAUUCAUGAAUAGGAGUAGCAAGAAGCUUGCACCUGCUAGCAUUAAAAAGGGGAGAUCAGAUUCUCGAGGAAGCGCAGUUUUACCAUCUUUAUCAAUUCAAUUCAAAACCCUCCCGUCAGUGAUACAUCUAGAAGAUAAAGAAGGGAGGGUAAAUUCCAGCUUCGUCUUCAGGAUCAACACGCACGUCAAUCUUUUUAUAGACAAUAGCCGAAAGACAUUAUAA